GGUUCAACACUAACGCUGCUAUCUGAAAAUCUGAAAACAAUGGAUGACUCGGACGUCCUGCCGACCAUUUCCGGUCAUGACGUCAUCAUGGCGUACGGAGGUGAACACAGGCACUACGUCCAGCACAGCGGCGACAGACGGUGCUGCACGUGCCACUUCUGGUGCCGGACCACAUUGCUCGUACUCAGCUUUCUCGUCUGGGUAGGUUUGCAGGGGCGAAACGUUUGAGUCAAGCCAGACAGGGUCGUGCAAACGGAGGGGGGAGACAAGGGGGGGGGGAACGCGAAGGGCGCGAAUAUCAACGAGGCGCAAAAAUCAUUACAACAUAGGGCGUUGAUAAUGAUUUAAAUUUCAACGAUACAAAUUCCCUGCACUUCACAAAGACAGUCGGAGUAAAAUAAAAAAAUUUUUUUUUACUUUUCUUUUUCAUAUAUUGGUGGGGCUCAAAUUUCAAGCUUUUCGCCCUGGCGCGGCUUUGCUCUGCACGGCAUAGGCCAUAGGCGCCAAAACUUACUCCACAAUCCAAAGAUUUCCAACUAAUAAAAUAGAUACAUAAUUUUAAAAUUAAACAGGCCAUGAAAACAAACUUUGCGUAUAAAUACAUCAGACAAUGUAAUAUCCCUGAACUAUGCUAACACUCAAGUGACCCCACGCGCUUUUACACCACAGAUUUAUUUCUCAAACAAUUUUAGAAAAAGGAAGAAAAAAAAAGAAAGAAAAUAUUGCGCAACAAACUUAAAUAAAAAAAAUCAUUUAGCACAGUAAUCUGGAAUUUUAUUUAAUCUUCCCCAUGAAAAACUGACUUUGACUUUUGGGUAUAGUGCUGAAGAUUUGAAAGUUUGCGUUGUGAUCGUUAACAGGUCUAUGUGCCAAUUUUCAACUCCGUUAGUUGACUCAAAGUGGGUCCCUUAGCCGUCUGAAUUUUUUUCCAGCCAGCCAUCCAGCAAGCGACGAACAAAGUGAAGUUAAUAAAAGGGAUUUAAAAUUAUAUCGUGGAAGAAGUUUUUCAGUAAAAAUGUUCUUUAAGAAAUGGUUUAGAUUCAGCUUUCAAUUUGUAAAUAAACCCACAAGGAAACAAUCGAUGCUUUGCUCUCACUUGUCAUUUCGUCGCACCAUGUUCACAGGGUGCUGGGGUGACCAUGAUCAGCCUCGGGGCGUGGGCGCUGGUCAACAGCUCCGGACUUGAACUUUUCGAGACGUUGCUGGCGGAGCCAAGCUGGAUGCUGAUCGGCACGGGCAUCGUCAUGGUGGUAGUGGGCGUGGUCGGGUGCGCCGGAGCGCUGCGCCUGAACAUCAUAUGUCUCAGAGUUGUGAGUUAAUUCUUACGAGGCUGUGUCUUUUUUCUGGGUACUUAACUGGUUUUUUUGUUGUUUUUUUGUGGCUAAGUUUGUCUGUUUCCUUUUCUGUGAGGUUUUCGCAUUACCUGAUUUUUUUAUUUUUCUUCUUUUGAUUAUAAUACACUCUUUAUUAAGGUCAACCAGGAGACUAGAUUAUAAUGUACUCUUUAUUCAGGUCACUCAGGAGACUGUAGAUUUAAUGCACUAUAGGUCACACUGUAGAUUGUAGAUUGUAAUGCACACUUUAUUUAGGUCACCCAGUAGACUGUAGAUUAUAAGGCACUCUUUAUUUAGGUCACCCAGUAGACUGUAGAUUAUAAUACACUAUUUAUUUAGGUCACCCAGGAGACUGUAGAUUAUAAUACACUCUUUAUUUUGGUCACCCAGUAGACUUUAGAUUAUUAUGCACUCUUUAUUUAAGUCACCCAGUAGACUGUAGAUUAUAUUACACCCUUUAUUUAGGUCACCCAGUAGACUGUAGAUUAUAUUACACCCUUUAUUUAGGUCACCCAGUAGACUGUAGAUUAUAAUGCACCCUUUAUUUAGGUCACCCAGUAGACUGUAGAUUAUAAUGCACCCUUUAUUUAGGUCACCCAGGAGACUGUAGAUCGUAAUACACACUUUAUUAUUUUUCCUGGACACAGUUUAUGGUUCUCGUGAUAGCGGUAUUCGUCCUUCAACUUGCCCUUGCCGCUGUGGUG